AUGAAGAACUGCACCGAAGACGACAUGCUGCAGAAUGGCAUUGUGCUAUUUCAACUUAUCAUCUACAUCCCAGUGUUCUCUUUAGGGAUCCCACUGAACGUGAUUGCCUUCUGGGUCUUCUGCUGCAAACUCAAGAGGUGGACCGAGACCAGAGUGUACAUGAUCAACCUCAUGGUUGCGGACAGUUUCCUGCUCUUUGCCCUGCCUUUCCUGAUAUAUUUUACCAAGUACAACCAUCCCAUAGACAAGCUGUGUUACACCGUAUGGAACAUCUAUUUUACAAACAUGCCUAUGAGCAUCCUUAUCAUCACCCUAAUUGCGAUUGAUCGAUAUAUUGCAAUCAAGUUCCCUCUAAAAGCAAAGAUUCUUCGAUCCCCACUGAAAUCAGCUUCUAUCUGUGGGUUUCUUUGGGUAACGCUGAUAAUUUAUUCCUUCUUGUACCCAAAAUUUCAGGAAAAACCAGGACAAUUCUGUCUUCGGAAACAAUCUAUUCAACCUAAUUAUUUAUCAUUAUUCUCCAUUAUUGUUGGGUAUUUUAUUCCCUUAGGGAUUGUGAUUUUUUGCUCAGUACAAGUCAUCAAAUGUCUCAAAAAGAAGAUGGCCACAAGCCCUCAUGAGACAAAGUUAAUGCAGAAAGCAAUCCACAUUGUUUCUGUGAAUUUGUGUGUGUUCAUCGUAUGUUUUUCACCUUUCUACAUCACACUGCUCUUGCGGUUUGCAGUGGAUGUUGCUGGAGCUUGUUCGCUGCUCUCGGAAGUUAGAGCCUCUAUUCAGAUCUGUGCAUGCUUAGCAAAUUCUAACUGCUGUUUGGAUGCAUUUUGCUAUUACUUUGCAGCCAAGGAAUUUCAGGAAUUUCCUUCUCUGUUCCCCACUUGUAUAUCAAUGAGGUCCACGAUGAACCAAAGCCAAGAGUCACAGCCAACCACAGAUCAAGUCAUGACAUAA